UCUUGGGAGCAGCUGCCAGAAUAAGCUGAUGGCCAGGAAACGCUGCCUUUCCUCAUUGGAAAUAAAAUUGGAGACCCUUAACUUGAAUCUUUGUGGCCUUGCAGCCUCCAAAAAGAGCAGGGAAAAGAAGCCCUUUUCACACAUGCUCUGCCUCAUCUGAUCUCUCUCAUCUUCCACUGAGUUUUCCUAGGCACAACUAUGCUUUGGUCCCUGUUGGACUUCAUCCUGCAGGUUUCUUCCCUUUUGUCUUGUUAAGAUGUUUUUCAAAAACGAUUCAAUCUUCAUUCUUUUGCAUCCUCAACAAAUAAUCCUAUUUUCUCUUCCCUCUUCCAGAUCAUUUGCAGAUUCUGUCCAGUAUCACUGCUGGCAUCUGGGCCUUCUUCGUUUCUCUUUGCCGGAAACCAGUGAGGCUGUGGCCGUGAACGUCACAGAGGAGAAAGGGGGCAUUUUCUUGGAUUGGGAUCCCCCAACCUUUGGCCAGGACUCCGUUCCAGAGAAUUUGGAAAUCAUGUCCUGGAUAGAGAAGCAGCUUCCUGCACAAAUUGGUUAAGGAGAACCCGAAUCGUUCAGCACUGAGGGUCAUCCCUGGCCUUGACCCAGAGGGAUAACAAUUGACCCAGAGACCUCUUUGUUGCAACUUUAAAGCGGAUAGAAGAUUGUCACCAAAGAUUUCCCUGCAAGCCAGCUAUCAACAGAUAAUAGAAAAUCAGCACAAGGCAGCAGCCAAAGGAAAACAUGAAACGUAGGAAACGCUUGGAUCCCCAGUCUGACACAACCAGCACCCCGAAAAACCACCAAAAAUCCCAUGAAUGUUCAGAGUGUGGGAAAUCCUUUGCUCGCAGGUCCCUCCUUUUGACCCACAGGAAGGUCCAUGUGGGAGAUGGAUCCAGCCAAGGUUUGGAGGGUGAGAAAUCCAACUCUGGAAAUGAAGCAAAAGGUCUCAGAAGCUCCACCAGACUAAAACCCUAUAAAUGUGAGGAUUGUGACAUACGGUUUGGUCAAAAGUCAGACCUUCUUACACAUCAGAAAAUCCACACUGGAGAGAAACCUUAUCAAUGUCUGGAAUGUGGGAAAUUUUUCGGUAGAAACGGCACUCUCAGAAUCCACAAGAGGAUCCACACAGGGGAGAAACCCUACAAGUGUUGGCAGUGUGGGAAGUGCUUUUCUCAGAACUCAAGUCUUUGGAUCCAUGAGAAGAUUCAUGUGGGAAUAAAAUCUUACAAAUGCUUUGAGUGUGGAAAAUGUUUCAUCCAGAGUUCCUCUCUUCGGAGUCAUCAGAAAACGCACAGAGGGGAGAAAAACGAAAAGUGCCUCGAAUGUGGGAAAUGUUUUUCCAGGAAAUCAACCCUGGUAGUACAUCAGAAAGUCCACACCGGAGAGAGGCCCUAUGAGUGCCCAGAAUGUGAGAAACGAUUUGUGUAUUCUUACGAACUGCAGAGUCACCAAAAUUGGCACAAAGGGGACCUACCCCAUAAAUGUGGGGAGUGUGGGAAAAGUUUUCUUACGCCAACCCAUGUUCAGAUUCAUCAGAGAAUCCACACGGGGGAGAAGCCCUACAAAUGUGAGGAGUGUGGGAAAUGCUUUUCCCAAAAACAACAUCUUGGACGCCAUCAAAGGUUCCACACAGGAGAGAAGCCAUACAAAUGCGUAGAAUGUGGAAAAUGCUUUGGAGACAAGAGAGGCCUUUGGAGCCAUCAUAAAACCCACACAGGGGAGAAGCCACAUCAAUGCAAUGACUGUGGAAGAUUUUAUAGUACCUCAUCAGCCCUUAGAACUCAUGUGAAAAUUCACACAGGGGAAAAAGAUUACAAAUGUUUGGACUGUGGGAGAGCAUUUGCUUAUUCUUCUUGCCUUAGAAGUCACAGCCGAAUCCAUACAGGAGAGAAACCUCACAAAUGCGCAGAGUGCGAUAAAUGUUUUGCUCGGAAAGAUACACUUGUGAUGCAUCAGCGAAUCCACACUGGAGAGAAACCAUAUAAAUGCCUGGAGUGUGGGAAAUGUUUCGCCCAUCCUUCAACCUUUCGCAUGCACACGCAAAACCACACAGGAGAACAGCCUUACAAAUGCACAGAGUGUGAGAAACCUUUUCCUAGUAAAUCAAAGCUAAGAAGGCACCAGAAAGUCCAUAGCAGAGAUAAAUCUUUUCAGCUGUGAACAACGUUGGGAACCCUUUUUUCCCCAACAGUCACAAGAGGGUGUAAAUUGUGGUGGGUGAGAAUAUGUAACUCGCAAAGCUGCAUUAGUAACUUCCCAGAGUGAUUACAUAAAAAGUUAUAAGUAUUUGGGGAGUAGAUAUAAUGUUUUGCAGAGCACAGGAAUUCUUUGACCUAUGACCACAACUUGGAAUGGAUUUCUGGUCAUAAGUUCAUGACCAGUCAUAAGUCAAGGAACCAGGUAUUUCAUUUCAUUUUUUCUUCAUUUUUACUAGAUUUUGUUGAACAAUGAGGAGAACUGAAAAGUUAGGAGAAAAUGGGGUGAAGAGUGGAAUGAAGAUCCGUCUGGUUGUUUAAUUAGUGAUAAAAGUUUUGAUGUUGAAUCUGCUGGCUGAGGAUGAGGAGGGAAAGUUUCUUUUUCCUAUUAUCUUUUUUGGGAGGGAUUCCCCCCCUUUUUUUCAUUGUCUUUUUCAUACAUUCACAUUAUUUGUACUAACUUUCUCUCUAUGCAUAUAAUCCUUAA